AUGCAGCUUGGGCUCCCAAUUGACGGGAGUCCCAUAACGGGAGUAUCUUCAUUUACCGAUCCAGCUGCACUUUGUUAUCAGCUCCUAGGAGAGUCGUCAGAGGACGAAAAGUCAAAUUUUUCGGGCUUAAAAUUUACAUGGCUGAAAGCCAAAUUUGGACAAUUAUCAGCGAAUGCCACUGAAGGUGAGUUGAUGUGCGCUGCUCAAGCGUACAUCAUGCAUAUCCUAGGGGGAGUACUCAUGCCCGAUGCAAACAACAACAAGGUGCAUUUGAUGUACUUGCCCCUGUUAGCUGAUUUGUCCAGUGUUAGCUCGUAUAGCUGGGGCUUCGCCGUUCUAGCAGUGUUGUACCGGGAGCUUUGUCAGGUGACAAACUCAGAUGUUGUAGACAUGGGUGGAUGCCUCACAUUGCUGCAGUCCUAG